CACGGAUCAAAACGGAUCAAAAUAGAAAAUAAAUUAACACUCUACAGUACACGGCAAUUAUUAAAUCUGACUGGGUGUGUAAAGUUAAUCACUUGUUUAUAUUGAACAAGCGAUUACUGAACAGAAGGGACAGAGUGAAAAAAAAUCAAGAAAUGGCUUCUGCUCACUUAUUGACUGGCAAUCCAAAAGUCCAGGACAGGGAAAACCCAUGUCAGAACCUCCUAAGUGCAGGAAACAUGGGCCAACAAAUGCAAAACUGGCCCACAGCAGCAAAAACAGAUCAAAAUGGUCAACAAGUUUCAAACUUUAGAUCAUUGACUUACAACAGAUCACAAAGCCUUGGUUCAUUGUCAGGAAAUGGUAGUGAGCAUUUCCAAAAUGUAAAUCAGGGAGCAUGUUCUUGUGGUGGGAGACAGAGUGGAAGUCCAUGUGCUGGUAAUUGCCGCUAUUCUCAUGGAUUCCAGACAGCAUCAGAACAGGAUGAAGAGAUGACAAGCAAUGUUAAAGAACCACAACAAAAUAGAGAUAAGAGAACAAAUUCACAACCCAAUGAAGUUCCCAAGGAAAAGAAAGAGAAGAAAUCCAUCACCACAAAGACAUUUGCACAUGGCAUGAUGGAUGUCUCCCUUCUAACAAGCAAUGCAACACAACUCAGAGCUGUGCUUUCAAAUCCUGAACACGAUUUUUACCGAUUUCUUUUAAUUCUCAUUGGGCUUUCCAUCACUUUGCAGAUAAUCUCAGGAGUGUUGUUAGUAGUGUCUGACUUUUAUAAAACACAGGUAAAGGAAAAGGACCGACAGAAUCAACGGAAGAGGAAAACUUUAAGUUUUAUUUCACUCGCGAUGGUUAUGAUUGUAACUGCUUUAAAUAUUUUGAUCUCAACAUUUUAUACCCCGGAUGUACACGGCACCAACCAUCAUAGACAUUCACAUUCACAAACGCCCAGUGAACCUAAUUUUUCCCAAUCUUCUUAUGCAGGACCGGUACCUUCCAGUCACACAGAGUUGUGAAAAAAUUGUCUGCCUUUCUUCACCAGUGUGUGUAUACCACGUGAUAAAUUGCGUCAUAAAUACUACGUCAGAAGGCAUUUUUUUGCUUCAAAUGAAGACUUUUAAACAAAGAUAACUUCACAAUUUCUUCACCAUUUUAGAUGAAACAUAGCGCAGUCUAGGCCUCUUAUGGAGCUCCGCAUUCAGUCUUUCGGAGUUCGAUCGAGAGUUUAGUUUCUCAAUACGGCCAUCUGACGGAGCACUGUCAAAACAUUAUAUUUGAAACAGGUUUGUUGAAGUGUUUGAGGAAACUUAUCACCUAAUCAAACUUCUGUAAUGAAACGAAGGCGGGGCUCUUUAAGAGGCAUAGACUGCCCUUUGUUUUAUUAAAUUUGGUGUAGUAAAAGAAAAGUUAUCUUAGAAUAUUGCCUUCUGACGUAGCAAAUAUGCAUAAUUUAUCACUUGGAAAACACACACUGUUCAUUAGUGUAGCUUUGCACAUUUUGAUAGCACUAUCCUUAUUAGGUGCUGCCCUUUCGCACUUAAGGGACUAGAUACCAAAUGGUCCCAAAAUCGGCAAAUACAGUAUUUCCUUAAAACAUUCCUAGAAUUGUCAAUAUAAGCUAGUAUGAUGACGAUGAUACAUCACUCUACAUGAUUUAAAGAAUAUUUGAUCACUGUCUUUGCUGUCAGAGUUUUGUGUUGUAUUCAUCGAUAUGAAUUUCAUGUAAGUUUUUUUAUUACCGGUAAUUUUCUUUUUUUCUUGCAAUGGUAUCAUCUGGUGUCUUGUCCCUUUAAUUAGUUAAAGCUGAUUUAUUCAAAAGUUGUAGAAGUGUAAUGCACACUGACUUUUUCCAGUAGCACCCUUCUGCCUUCAAGGAGACCAGCAUGUCCACUGUUUUGUCUUAAUAUUUGAAUGCUUUUGAUAAUAAGAUUGUUAUGUUAUGAAGAAUGACAGCAUGUGUAACUAUUUAUUGAUACAUAUAAUAUUGUUGAGAAUGGUACAGCUCUGACUGCUAGAGAUAAACUGACCGCCUGUGUUGGCUGGCUGGCCUUAUCAUACAAGGUGAACUAUAAAUAGCAGGGAGGAACUAAUUCAUUGCUGUAUAAUGUUACAAAGAUAUAUUUAUUUAUUUUUGUUUAAGACUUAUUAUAUGAUCAUACUUCAUAAAUACAUAAAAAUUAAAAUUAAUUAGCUACUGAAACCUUUCACUACUUUAAAUGAUAAGACAAUUUCCAUCAUUUUCUGUCAAAGUCAUCAUUCAAGAUCUUCACAGACCAAUAAUAUUUGCACUUUCAUCCAUUAGCACCCUGAGCAGCAAUGAAAUGCAUUUACUUCCCUUAUAAUACCCUUAUAAUACCAUCUUUAGGAAAUUUAUCAUUAUAUUUAUAUGCACUCAGGUGAUUUUUGUAUUACAAGUUCUGAGUUGUUCAUUCUUAGGAUGUCUUUUAUAAAGACAAGAUAUUAUGCAUAUGUUAUGUUUUAUUAUUAUACUCAUAGUUAUACAUGGAACUUUUACACUAAUAUUAUCUCUUAUGCAUAUCAAAUGAACUAUUGUUACCAUCAGGUAUUUUUGUUACCAUCAGGUAUUUUUUUCGAAUUUUGAAUAAAAUACAAAAAGCUUAUCUG